AAUUUGGGAAUAAGGAAUUGAAAUUGAAAUCGAAAUAGGAAAACUCUCUCAAGUGCUUUUCCUGGAUAUACUUGAAUUUUAACAAAAAUUCCGGCGUUCUCCUAACCAAAACACUUCUCACAAAAGAACUACUGAGAAAUUGAGAAUUGACCCCAAAAAAAUAGAGCUUAACGGGUACAAUUCCCACUCGCACAGUUCAACACUUCCAGUUGGACAAUUCCCACCCAAGACCAAUCGUAGAGGCUUUGCUGAUUUGCUUCCAAAUUGUCAAAAGGCUAAUAACUGCUAUUGUCCUUCGUUUUAGUAAAGGGAGCUGAUUACUAGUUAUCUCACAGUGAAGAGUUCUAUAGCUCACCUGAUAGACGCAUGCAGGAGUCCAGAUUCUUGAGAAAAGAAAAAGGUAAUGUUUAGCUUGGUGGUGUAGCCCACCCCAAAGAACAAUGGCCUUUCCUAGAACCCAAAAGUCCAAACCAGGACCCGGUUCCCCAAUCAUCUUCCUUGUCAUCUGCAUAGCUGCCAUUGCACUCCUCUUUCUCGUUUCCUCUCUCAUUUCCACUAGUGAGUUCUCUUUAUCCUCUCUGAAAACCCUCGAAAGCAGACUCAAAUUAAAGAACAUAAACCUGAACCACCAAACUGGCCGCGAGAAGUACCUCUACUGGGGUGACAGAAUUGAUUGCCCUGGAAAGCACUGCGAGUCCUGCGCGGGUCUGGGCCACCAGGAGUCCAGCCUCAGGUGUGCUCUUGAAGAGGCUAUGUUCCUUCAGAGAACUUUUGUAAUGCCUUCAAGAAUGUGUAUUAACCCAGUACACAAUAAUAAUGAGAUCCUUCAUCACUCACAUAAUGCAAUUUCAGAAGAAAGGUGGACAGAAAACUCCUGUUCCAUGGACUCGUUGUAUGAUAUAGACCUCAUAUCAGGCACUGUACCAGUAAUUUUGGACAAUUCAAAAGUGUGGUAUCGAGUGGUGGCAACAACUAUGAAGUUGGGAGGUAGAGGAGCUGCCCAUGUGGAAGGAGGUACUCGUGUUGAUCUCAGGGAGAACAGUAGUUUUUCAAAUCUUUUACUCAUAAACAGAACUGCAAGCCCUCUUGCAUGGUUUAUGGAGUGCAAGGAUCGAAAAAAUCGUAGUGCUAUAAUUUUGCCAUAUACCUUUCUUCCCUCGAUGGCUGCAAAGAAGUUGAGGAAUGCAGCUGACAAGAUUAAGGCGCUCCUUGGAGAUUAUGAUGCCAUUCAUGUACGUCGUGGUGAUAUAAUUAAGACCAGGAAGGACAGGUUUGGCGUUAACAGGACCCUGCAUCCUCAUGUGGACAGGGAUACACACCCAGAGUUUAUUCUUCGCAGAAUUGAGAAAUGGGUCCCAUCUGGACGAACUCUUUUUAUUGCUUCAAAUGAGAGGACACCAGGAUUUUUUUCACCUCUCUCAGUCAGAUAUAAGUUGGCCUAUUCAUCAAACUAUAGCCACAUAUUGGAGCCCUUGAUUGAGAAUAACUACCAGUUGUUCAUGAUCGAAAGGAUUAUCAUGAUGGGUGCUAAAACAUUCAUCAACACAUUCAAAGAAGGUGACACAGGUCUCAGUCUUACCGAUGACCCAAAGAAGAACACCAAGUUAUGGCAAAUACCAGUCUAUAGCUUCGAUGAAGAGGGAAGCUAACAUUAGCUGCCAUUUUAGCUCCGCAGAAAGGUUCCGAAAGUUUUUUAACCCUCGUACCGAUGCUCUGAAUACACAUCAUACAAGCAGAGCCUCACCUUGCAUGCUAUGAAAGGUUCCCAGUGAAAAUCAAUACGGCAGGGAAUUGCAGGCCUUUCAGUGUUGUGAAUUGUGACAUAGAUUUUUUUUUUUUCCCAAAUAUUUAUUUGAACGAAGAUGUUUAAAUUUCUUUUUCUCUUAUUGUUAUAUACUUUAGCCUUCGAGGGGGAGAGAUAAUAUACGUACAUUUUUCAUAUGGUAUGGUGUGUCACUCAAAUUAUUUGAAUUAUUUAUAAAA